AGUUAAAUUUCCUUAAAUUUUCCGUAUACUAUCUACAGAGACUCUUGUAUAAAUAAAUAGAAAAAUAAGUCUUAAAUGUAACUUGAUUUUUGUCACUUUAGUUAUGCAAAAUGAGAAUAAAAUAGGAAAAAUGCUAAUCAUGCUAUGACAUGCUUAAAAUAUGUUUUCUGAUUAUAUAUAUUCUUCUAUUUUACACACUUUUUAUUUGGAAAUUGUCAAUAUAAUACAGUAUGAAUAUAUUGGGAAGUUAUCUAUGGAAAAAAAACAUGUAAAUGUAAGAUACAAAGGCACUAUUUUACAAUCUUUAAUAGCUUUUUAAUAUACUUUUUCUGACCUCAUGAGGGCCGUAAAGAGGCACCCGUGGCCUCAAGACCCCACUUUGCCCACCUCUGCUCUAGCUAAACCAAUUUUCAAUGCUUCCAAGCCAAGAUAUAAAGAUAUACAAAUUCCUGAAACAAUAACGUUCUCUGAUAUUGAUACUACGUGAUACUGAUGAGCACAGUACCAUGAUGCGAGGAGGCAGAUCAGUAAUGUAACCUGGCAGUGGUCGGAGGAAUGUGAAGGCCUCUUGCUGGUACCUUUGGGAGCAACUAAGACACUGAACAAAUGUCUUCCUUUAUUGUUUUGUAUGGCAAACUGACACUUGCAUGUUAUCACCGACCACUUUAAAGGACGACCUUGUCUGAAGGACGUUGUUUGAUGCUGUCAAGAACGCAGUUUUCCCAGGAAAAGUCACUCAACUUGGAGGUCAUUUGAUCUGUACUACACCUCUGGACUUGUGGAUUUGAAAUCUUACCUCCAAAAUACUAAAGAGAGAUGAAAAAUGAGCAUCAUUUGCAUCACAGGAGCAGAUGGAUUGACUGGGUGUUUUGGGUGAUGCAGGCGACGACAAGUCGGAUCACUUUCUCAGUCAUGAGCUUCCACGUCAACGAACGACGUCAGGAGUGAUGUCAUGCUUUACAGAUGGAGUUGGGUGGGUUUUGGGGCGAUCAUUUACCAGCGUUUUAAUCUUCCUCAGGGGGUGAAGGGGAGGCGGCUAAUAACAGCUGCCAGAUGUGCAAAGUCCCCCGACCCCGUGCACAUUCUCACAGACAAUGGAAUGCCUGUGAGGAGCCCCGACAGGAAGUGAGGUCAGGCCUCUUGACCCCUCCCCUAAACUUAGUAAGAGAGCUGGGCAGCUCUGGUGGAACAAAGUGUCCACCAUCAACUGCUGACGGUGAGCAGUCCGUCCAUAAACGCGUCUUUAACUGUGACAUUGUUACACAGUGUUUAUUACACACCGUCCUGAUAGCGGAGGAAACAAACUCUCCGUGCCGUAAACUUCAUCCCCUGCCAGACAAAAUCGUCUUCCUCCAGAGAGCAGCUGCAGCGUGGGCGGCCGGGACCAGUGUGGUAAAGACGGAUUGCACAAUCUGGAUCCUUGAAGCGUCAGCAAACUCAUGAGUCAAACUCCUCACAGACCAAGACUCAUUUGAAGACUGCUGGCUGGUUUCCACCGCGGGGUUUCUGCGAUGAGCUGUUGAGUCCUCCCACGAAUCAUUGCUCGGAUGGGAUCAGCCAGACCAAAACUCUCUCACUUUUGCUCGCCACAAUAAAAUAAAACGGUGACUCAUCAUCCUGUCAUAUCUCUGAAGCCAGUUUUUAGGUUGAGAGUCCGGUUAAACACCCAACUAAGACUUCAAAACUACAAAAAAAAGCUAUGAGUAUAUGCAAAAUAAUUUCCUUCCUCUUCCUAAGCCACAAUAUAUGAUUUAAAUGAACUAAGUUUGUUGCCAGACAAAGUCCCUGAGGGGCGUCUUGAGUGAAAGGGGAACAAAACUGAACCGCUGCGUGGUGCUUUCCGCAGGGUGAGUUUGGGUGCUUUCUGAGUGGAGAAUGGUACUUCUCUCAUGCACACAUGAGUUGAAUCUAGAAAGUGAGCGAUCAGCUCAGGCGACUAAGUCAAGUCUGAGCUUCAAAAAAAAAAAAAAAGCUUCAUCUCGGAUAAGUGUUCUGGCUCAGAUGUUCUGCUUUAAUCAUGCUUGAAGCUUUAAUAACAAGUUGCUUAGGUGACAGUUUUGGAUUUCAUCCUGCAGGAUGUUUUGCUUGGCCAUUCGAUCUCCGUUUAUUUGUGUUCCUGGAGUAGCCCUGAUGAAGCACAGAAGCUGCUCUCCAAACGUACUGAUCAAACCCCGCAGCAACAGACGCAUGACAUCAGCGUCACUGGGGACGACUGGCGUAAUGACUGCGAAGACGCUCUCACCUCCCCUGGGGUUGAAAAGGAGCGUCUCCGGGGGCGCGAACACCUGCCCGGACGCUGACUAACAAACCCUGACUUACCCGUGCCUCACCUUGUUGCAUCCCAGUCCAGACCUGAGGGAUGAAUGCGCACCAAACGACUGGAAUGACUCAUUCGCAAGAGGGAUAAAAACGUAAAAAUAAAAGGUCUGUUCUCCUUUCACUCCCUUGCAUUAGGGGAAGGAGGGUCGGCCUGCGGUUAUUUCAGGGGUUGAAACCAAAAAGAAGCCAAAGUUAAUGCUGGAUGUUUUUUUUCAGCUAAGACCAUGAGAACCUCAAAGGUCAGAGAGAAGUGUUGGAAACUUCCACACGACAGUUGAACAUGCACUUCCACUCUACACAUCACUUCAUACACAUCAGCCUAGUACUGAGGCAAAACUGAGGCGUUUGUACUGCAUCACUGCAUAACAAACACCAAUUAUUGUUUUCUCAUAAACUCUUUUCACAAGAAUAUCUUGAAACAAUCCGAUAAAAUGAUCUGAAAUGAAAAUUUUCUUCAACAAAAACGUCAUAUAAAAUCUGAGGUCUAGAUGUUUAGGUGUCCAAAUGCUGAGCCAAUGCUCAUUACAAAUUUGGUUGAGGUUUAUCUCACUUCAAAUGUAGUGUACCGAUUUAUUUUGAAAAAAAUGGCAUUUCUUUUGCUGUAAGAAAUGCUCUCUUUGUGGCCUCGACACGGUCUUGUCUACAACACAAUGCAGAGGACCACCCCACAAAUCUACAGACGUUUGUCUUCAGAAACUGAAUCAAUAUCAACAGAGCCACCUUUGUUACACCUGAACGGUGGUACAAUAACAUGUCAUCACUCCACAUUUACUUCUGUCACGAUCAUUGUUUCCACUUCACUGGCAGACUUUCAUUCUUGCACGUGUCAGUGGUGGCUUUUUUGCUUUGCACAAUCACAACAGGUUCCCCUUUGAAAACGUCAAAGCCUUUCACCACUUAUUUUUCGGACUGUGACAACACUAGUGACGGACAACCUGACACAAAAAAACAAUGUUGUAAGCGACCUAAGAUCUUCAGCUCACGGAUCUGAAACGCCUAGAACAUUACCGCCGUCUGAAGGAGCCUGGAGAGUUUUGUAAUGGGUCUCCGGUGGUGGAUGAUAAUUCCAGCUCAUUUAUUCUUUCAUCAUUGUCUACUGCUCAACCAAGCAAGCCUCUGUUGUGCUCAUAUGAGUGGCUACAAUAGUUCUCACUUCCGUCCUGUUGGCUUCCUCAUACAUACUUGCGUCUACGUCAUGGUCGUAGUAGUGGCUACUGAAACCAGACAUGAGACUCACUUUUGUUUAGCACCAAGUUCUUUAUUGAAAACUGAAAAGCAGCUCUCUUUUCCCUAUUAUGUUGAAGGAGAAAUUCUUAAAUAAUUCACCAAAGUCCUGAUCUACUUAAGAGGGCGCCAUUUAUGUCACAAAAAAAAAAAAAAAAAAACAGAACAAAACAUCUAUUUCUGACUCGACCUAAGAACAAGCAAGGUGGAACUUGUGGUUAGCUUUACUGCUUAAGGUGGGUCGUGCCACUCUGGGUUUUCAACCGACCGGGGGCCUUUUAUGUGGAGAGUGUACACUCUAUAAGGGUUUCCUUUGAGGCACUCCGCUUUCCUCCCACAGUCCAAAAACAAACCUACUGGAUCAUGGCUGAUCAAGUACAAAAUUCAAGCUUUAAGAGAAGCGUCAUUUCCAAUAACUUAAAGCAACCAUGUAUUGCUGUAAUUUACGCACCAAAACAUACUUUUAAAAGGCCAAACAUAUUUCAUGCAUAUACUCUGUUUAUGUUUGAAUAUUACUCUGAAUUCCUUUGACAAUAAGCCGCCCUUCAAAGGUAAUAAAUCAGGUAACAAUAGGAAGUCAUUGUGACUACUGUAAGCAAACUUUACCCCGUAAUUAUACCAAGCAAAUAUAUUUAUUUCGGUUGGAAGAGCUGACAGAUUUGAUUUCAGUGUUUCUAUUUGUAGCUAGCUGAGGCAGAGGGGAGGAAGUGAGGAGGAGGAGGUGAACAUCUGGACUUCAUUUGUCUGCAGCAGAAGAGGAGAAACAGUCCAGAAAUAAACUCUGGAACUUUUGUUCCGUAAUAAUUGUCAACCAACGAGAGACAUUUCCACGCUGAGGCUGUAGUUUUAUACGCGCAUGACGCUACAGUGGGUGAGCGAGAGUGAGCGGUGGAGAGCGUGUGAGUGUCUGUGUGCACGCCUCCUGACGCUCCAGAGCCCUGUUGUUCACUCAGACGCGGCAAGACAAUCAGAUGGACCGUAGGCUCCGAGCUCAGCGCGGAACGAGAGGUCUCCAACACUUCCCCGCCUUACGUUGAUACCAUUCCGACUCGCUGUCUGUUCCCUGACCCGUCUGCCGGUAUGGAUUUACGCGCGCCAAACUUUUAGGAGCCGCUCCUGGAUCCGAGGGCGCAGACUUCUGCGGGGUUUGCCGUGGACUCACACGUGGAGACACUCGGAUCAUGUCUAUCUCUCUGAUGGGGUGACCCACUCGGAGCUGCAGAGACGUGACCGCGGGACGUGACGGUCCUGGUCCUCUUCCUGUCCUUGUGCAGAGGCAGUGCUUCCUGGCUUCCCCCUGCACCUCUCCGCUGUGUGAAUGAAUCUUUACCGAAUUGUCGCUGUGCUCUUCCGGCCCGUCAACAUGAGGAGCAAGUAUUCCCAGUACUACAACCAGACUCUCAUCCCGUCUUACUACGCCUUCGCGAAGAACGAGAGCCUUCAGGAGCUGGUGAUCCGCAUGGAUAAGAGGGAUGUGUUCUCCCAGCAAAACAUCAUCAUCCUGGUCCUGUGCAUCAUCAUCAUCCUGGAGAACCUGCUGGUGCUCAUCGCGGUUUUCCGCAACAAGAAGUUCCACUCCGCCAUGUUCUUCUUCAUCGGGAACCUGGCGUUCUCCGAUCUGCUGGCAGGGUCUGCCUACAUCGCCAACAUCUUCCUCUCGGGCCCGAAGACUUUACAACUGCUGCCUGUGCAGUGGUUCAUCCGGGAGGGCACGGCCUUCAUCGCGCUGGCCGCCUCCGUCUUCAGCCUGCUGGCUAUCGCGAUUGAACGCUACAUCGCCAUCACCAAGGUGAAGGUGUAUGGAUCCACCAAAACCUGCCGCAUGUUCCUGCUGAUAGGAGCCUGCUGGGUCACCUCCAUCCUGCUGGGAGGAUUUCCCAUCAUCGGGUGGAACUGCAUCAACAACCAGCCCGAGUGUUCGGCGGUCCUGCCGCUCUAUUCUAAGUACUACAUCCUCUUCGUGGUCACCGUUUUCAGCCUGAUCCUGCUCUCCAUCGUCAUCCUCUACGUGAGGAUCUACUUGAUCGUGCGCUACAGCCAGCAGGAGGCCACCAACUCUCACGCCUACUCGCUUCUGAAGACGGUCACCAUCGUCCUGGGGGUCUUCAUCAUGUGCUGGCUGCCGGCGUUCACCAUCCUGCUGCUGGACGCCUUCUGCGGGAUACAGUUCUGCAGCAUCCUGUCCAAGGCGGACAUCUUCUUCAGCUUCGCCACGCUGAACUCAGCACUGAACCCCAUCAUCUACAUGCUGCGCAGCAAGGACAUGAGGAAGGAGUUCAUGCGGGUUCUGUGCUGCUGGGGGGUCCUGCAGAGCGGCCGCCCCGCCGACCGCUGCCUGGUGCCGCUCAAGAGCUCCAGCUCCCUGGAACACUGCACCAACAAACACGAACACCAGAACACGCCCAUCAUGCAGGAUUGUACCACCUGUGUCUAGUGUGUGUGUGUGUGUGUGUGAGAGAGAGUGUGUGUGUGCAAUACAGAACAAAAAGACUGUGAGGAGACAGAAAUGUGAGACAAUUGUGACAGAUGCAUGAAUCCACAAUCCGUUUUCAAUCUGUUGAGCCACGAGAAAUGUUUCCGCAGUGGGUAAGAACAAAAACACAACACAAGCUUCGAGCUACCAACGUAAGCAACACUGAAUAAUCAUAAGUUUCACUGCGUGGCACAUGCUUUCAGAUAAAGACGCUGCGUUUGCAACCCGCAGGAUGAAGAGGAAACGCAAAGGUGUUAGUUUCUUUUGGUUAGUUUAUACUUCCUGUUUACGUCAUCUUGGAUUGCGUUCUCAGGAUUUUUUUUUAAACUGUCAGAACUGGGUCCCCAAAAAUUGAAAAAAAGAACAAGAUGGUGGAAGAUUGGCAGCCAAAAGCCUGUUACAACUGCACUUACAGUGGCGGAAAUAAAGUUUUUCAGACAGUUAGAAUUUACCACAAUCUGAAUUAUUACCAUGAAAAAUAGUUUUUGUGUUUCCGAAGAUCUUUUUGCAAUUUAGUCUUUUUUCCGCCACUGUAUGUCCGAUUUAUUCGCUUAAAACGUUUUGAAAUGGAAACAAAUUAAAUUCAAAUUACAAGUUGUUUGUGUUGUGUUUUCAAGGUCAAAAUUGUGGCUGAAACUCUAGAAAUGUGAAUGACAAUUGCUCACGGGUACAUUUUUCCACCUUUGUCCAUUCAACGCUCAUUGGAAACUGUCUGAGUUUGUUACACGAGGCCUUUUCAGGCUUGUACUACAGCGAAGCUUGCAAAAGUCAGAAGACUUGGUGGCUUCACACAACAUCCGGGGCUAUAUAUACGUUUGUAUAUGUCCCUCAUAUAACCUUACCUUCCAUGUACUGCAUGAAUUCUUUGCGCUGAUGUAUUAUCACUAGCUCAUCUGUCCACGUAAUCUGUCCCUCCUGCUUUCACUGUUGUAUCUCUAGUUUCCUCUGAGGAGUCAGACUUCACCGGCGCGUGCCGUCUGCUUUUCUCACCAGGAAUUCGGCUGAAUGUAUGUAUGAAGUGUUUUGGGGCAGGCGCCCCAUCCUUGACAGUAUUAUUGACCGUUAUUCUUGACCCCGGCGUCGCUCACCGUGAAGUCGCCACGAACAAGUUAGCCAUAUGCCUGGUGCAACUAACGUUCUACAGCCAUAAAGUUGUUGUUUUUUUUAAUAUUGUGUACUCUUUGUGUGGUCUCCCAGCGAAAGUUCCAUCGUCUUUAUUUAAUUUAAAUUCCAUCAGUAGUUCGGUUCAACCAAAGAUGUGAGCGCGUCUUUGCUUUUCAAAGGCGCUGUCUCUCUCCUGACAUCUGGUUUUCGAGUCCUCCAGGUCAUCACUGGCACCCGAGAUGAGUCUCAACAUUCAGGAUGAGUUACAACGCCUCUCGGCCUCAACAUUCCCUUCCUUCAGCGAGCGACAUCCUGUCUUCUUUUCAUAACCAAGUCAAUUUUUUUUUUCUAAAAAAGCACUUUGGCAGCUUCCGUGAUGUUUGCUUAUCCUUUUUUUGUAAUUUUUGAUGUAAAGAUGUAUCACUCGGAUGUUUUUUAUAAAUAUAUGAGUAACUAUGUAUGUUGUGUCGUAUGGACUGUCCCGUGUGCAAUAGCCUUGUGUGUCCAGUAGCACGCUGCCUGUGUUUAUAUGGUACAAUCUAAACACUAAUGUAGGUACAUAAACUUGUUUGUUCAUACAUUUCCAUUUUUAUAAAAUAAAUGAAAGAGUAAA